CUACUGCUCGAAAAAGGAGCUAAUGUGAAUGUCCAGGGCGGACGCUUCGGCAAUACGCUCGAAGCAGCUUCUAAAAAGGGUUACGAGGCAGUUGUUACGCUGCUACUCGACGAAGGAGCCGAUGUGAAUGUCCAGGGCGGACGCUUCGGCAAUGCGCUCGAAGCAGCUUCUAAAAAGGGUCACGAGGCAGUUGUUACACUGCUGCUCGAGAAAGGGGCCGAUGUGAAUGCCCAGGGCGGAUUCUAUGGCAAUGCACUACAAGCAGCUUCAGAGAGAGGCCACGAAGCAGUUGUGGCACUACUGCUUAAGAAAGGGGCCGAUGUGAAUGCCCAGGGCGGACGAUAUGGCAAUGCACUCCAAGCAGCUUCCGCUAUGGGUCACGAGGCAAUUGUUGUUACACUGCUCGAGAAAGGAGCCAGGGCAAAAAACAUUACUUAA